UACACACUGACGAUCACUUCCUCAGUCAGAGAGAGAGAGAGAGAGAGAGAGACUGCUGGCACAUUUAGGUCCAGAGUAAAGGCUGAUCAUGACAGGUUUCUGAUGCUCGGCCCGGAUCACCGCACACACGGCACCGCCCGGAUCCGACGGUUAAGCCUGCGGUAAUCGCGGGAAGGAAGGACGGACGGACGGCGUUAAAAGGGGGGGAAGAAAAAGACCCAGCAGGGGUGGAGGAGUUAAGGCGACAGAGAAAGAGAGAGUGAGAGCGAGAAGACCAUGCGAGAAUACAAAGUGGUCGUGCUCGGCUCCGGCGGCGUGGGCAAAUCCGCCCUGACCGUCCAGUUCGUCACGGGCUCCUUCAUCGAGAAGUACGACCCCACGAUAGAGGACUUCUACCGCAAGGAGAUCGAGGUGGACUCGUCGCCGUCGGUGCUCGAGAUCCUGGACACGGCCGGCACGGAGCAGUUCGCCUCCAUGCGCGACCUGUACAUCAAGAACGGCCAGGGCUUCAUCCUGGUCUACAGCCUGGUCAACCAGCAGAGCUUCCAGGACAUCAAGCCCAUGAGAGACCAGAUCAUCCGGGUCAAGCGCUACGAGCGGGUUCCCAUGAUCCUCGUGGGCAACAAGGUGGAUCUGGAGGGCGAGCGGGAGGUGUCCUCGGGAGAGGGCAAGGCGCUGGCUGAUGAGUGGAACUGCCCCUUCAUGGAGACCUCGGCCAAAAAUAAAGGCUCAGUGGACGAGCUGUUCGCCGAGAUCGUGCGCCAGAUGAACUACGCCGCGACGCCCAACGGGGACGAGCAGUGCUGCUCCUCCUGUGUCAUCCUCUAAAACUAACCGCUCGGAGCUGUUGUCUUUGGUUGUUGCUGUUGUUUUUUUGUUUUUGUUUUGUUUGUUUUGUUUUGUUUUGUUCUGUUCCCCUCACUUUUGCAGUCGCGAGCCGUGUGAGCGCGCGACUUGGUAAAUAAUGUGACUCCUUCGAGCCAGAGCCAGAUGACUCCCUGAGACUCCAUUAAGAACGACAAGUUUCAGCAAAAACAAACAAAAAAACAGAGCCAAUUUAGCUCUCUGUCUCUCGAUCUCUCUAAAGAAUCCCUUUCUGGUGUUAAAUGUCAUCAGUAUUUUUUAAAAAAGUGUCCUAUAUUGUCUUGCACAUGCGUGAUACAGAAAGAGAGAGAGAGAGAGAGAAGGGAAAGUGCAUCAGUGUUUACAAUGACAGAAUACUUGAAUGUUCUGGGAUUGACACAAACCAACCCAGGGUUGUUUUUCUUUUCUUUUUUUUUUGUUUUUUAAACGUCGUCUCCCUGGUGCCUAGCUUAUGUGGCUUAUUCUUUUGAUUUUAGCCCCCAGACUGAUUGGUAAAACUUUUUUUGGGUUGUUGCUUUGGCAAGAUUUAGUAACUGUGUCCCAGCCUUGGCCUGCUUUUGCAGUAUCACUUCCGGUUUUUGGAGAUGCGGAUCCCACUUAUUGCUAACUAGUAGCAUCUGGUAACUAUGGAAACUAAACGACGACUUCGAGCCGGAAGUAGUUUAUGAGGAUUUUUUUUUUCUUUUAAAAUGUGAUGUCCGGGUUCUCGCGAGGAUAAUAAUGAAUAAAUACGAACUUCACUUUAGGAUCAACUUUAGGAAGCCAAAUGGCGUAAUGGAGGAUUAAGUUUUGCUGCACGCGACGACUCGAAGGAUCUGCAAAAAACAAAAACAAACAAACAAAAAAAGACCUUGGGAUUCUUUUCGUGUUGUAUUUUAUUUAAAAAAAAAGAAAAAAAAGUAAAGAAGAGUCGACGGAAGUUGUCACAUUUCCGAAACCACGUCACAGCGACUUUUGUUGUUGUUUUUUUUUUUUCUUUAACUCAGCGUGCGCGAGGACCUUACUGUGGUGACGUAAGGACGUCGUGAUGACGCCGUGCGUCGAGUGCCUUCCAUUUUUAGUGCCAACCUGAGAAGGUCUGAGGAAGUUUUAUGGCAAAGUACUUAAACUGUUACACUUAAGAAAAAAGAAAAAAAGGGGGGGUUAUAGAGUGUUCAUAACGCCUCUUGUCAAAGGAAUCACGUUCUUUUGGCUCACAAUUUGGCCUUUAGUCAUGUUUCAUUAUUGUUUUUAUUUUGUAUUUAGUUCCCUUUUCUUCAAGGCUGGUCUGUUUUUGGCCAAAUAGGCUUUAAAAAAGACAGGUACUGGAGCUCUUUCAGCUCUCUGGCUCACAACCAUAACCCACUUCCUCGAGACCAGUGUUUUGUUUUUGGUUCAUUCUUUAAUUUUUAUUUUUUAACAAAAAAAAUGUGAUGUAUCAUUUGAAAUUCUAAUCCGAUUGUACGUUUAAAAGCAGACCGGCUUUUUAACAGCUGUUCUGAAUGUUUAAAAAGACUUUUAAUACAAAUUGCAUUUUUAAAAAAUA